GGAGGCUCCGGGCCCCACUCAUCUUUCCCACCGCUCACCGCUCAGCUGCCAUGUGUCGCUCCCGCUGCUCCCUCCCCGCCAUGACCGUCCUGCGGGCCCCGACCCCGGCCCCCUCCGCCAGCCCGGGACCCCGGCGGGGCUCUGGGCCCGAGGUCUUCACCUUCGACCCUCUCCCGGAGCCGGCGGCGGCCCCCGCCUCGCGCCCCAGCGCCUCGCGCCCCAGCGCCUCCCGCGGGCACAGAAAGCGCAGCCGGAGGGUCCUCUACCCCCGAGUGGUCCGGCGCCAGCUGCCCGCCGAGGACGCCAGCCCCGCCAGGAGGCUCCUCUUCCUCCUGCUCGCCGUCGUCUUCUGCCAGGUCCUGACGGCGGAAGAAGGGGUGCCGGCGCCCCCGAACGCGGAGGACGCCCCCGCGCCCGCCCCUGCGCCCCCCGCGCGCGAGCCCCGGAAUGUGACGGCGGAGCCCGCGGACCGCGCUCUGGACCUCCGCGCCUUCCUCCCGCGCCCCCCGGCCGCCCUCUGACCGCCCGCCCGCCCGGCGGCCCUGGAAGCCGAGCGCGGACUCCGAGGCCCUCGCCCCGCGGGAGCCGCCCGACGGGACGCGCGCGGACACGCCGGCGGGUGGGAGGGCGCCAACUGUCUCCUGCUGCAGCUCCUAUUUAUAUUUAUUGUGUAUUUAUAUGUCCCCCUGGCGACCGGGGUGUCUGUAAUAUUUAUUUAACUUAUGCGAGGGCGCGGGCCGUGCCCGCGGCUGCCCCUCCCGGCCCCUGGGCGCUGGGAAGCGGUGGGACCGGGCCGGGUCCAGGUGCCCCGUCUCCGGAGGCGGCCCCGGGCUGGCUGCGGGCGGGGCGGGGCGGCGGGCGGGCCGGGCAGCGGUAUGUUCUGUGAACACAAAUAAACCGGUGAUUGAUGCGG